GUGUCAAAAUAUCUCACAGGAAGUUGGAGUGAGCAUCAGGAAAAUUGUAAAUUUUAUCAUUUUUCAGUGGUCUUUUAUCUAUUUCAAUAGUAUCAUUUGCUCAAAUCAACCCAGCAACUGUGAUAAAAGAUGACGGAACAACAGAUGGAUUGUGCGUUGGACCUGAUGAGACGUCUGCCACCGCAGAAGAUUGAGAAAAAUCUCAUCGACCUCAUCGAUUUGGCUCCGGGACUGUGCGAGGAUUUGUUGUCUUCGGUGGAUCAGCCGCUGAAGAUCUCCAAGGACAAGGAGACCGGGCGGGACUAUCUUCUGUGCGACUACAACCGCGACGGUGACUCAUACCGGUCACCGUGGUCAAAUACGUACGAUCCGCCUAUCGAGGACGGUUCGAUGCCCUCUGAGAGACUGAGGAAGCUGGAAAUCGAGGCGAAUCACGCUUUUGAUCAGUACAGGGAGAUGUACUACGAGGGCGGCGUCUCUUCGGCCUACUUGUGGGACUUGGAUCACGGAUUUGCUGGGGUGAUCUUGAUCAAGAAGGCCGGCGACGGUAGCAAGAAAAUCAAAGGAUGCUGGGACUCCAUUCAUGUCGUCGAGGUGCAGGAGAAGAGCACAGGGAGGACUGCUCACUACAAGCUCACUUCCACCGCCAUGCUGUGGCUGCAGACGAACAAGCAGGGCUCUGGAACUAUGAAUUUAGGUGGCAGUUUGACGCGACAGAUCGAACAAGAUGCCAAUGUGAGCGAGUCCAGUCCGCAUAUCGCCAAUAUUGGCCGGAUGGUGGAGGAUAUGGAGAACAAGAUUCGCAACACUCUCAAUGAGAUCUACUUCGGCAAGACGAAGGAUAUCGUGAAUGGUCUGCGAAGCACGCAAUCUCUGGUGGAUCAGCGAGCCAAUGAUGCCAUCAAGCAAGACUUGGCCGCCGCGAUUGCUCGCAGGAACAAGAGCGACAACUGAGAUUAGGCCAGAGAUUGGGAGGAUGUCUCUAUUUAUUAUCAAUAAUCCAUCUGUUAUAGACAACGCAUUUUUCCCAGGCCUCCAGAACGCGCUUCGUCAGAAAUUUUGCGAGAGUAUAGGUGGAAAUAGUAAGGAUGUCGUGUGUUUUGCAGGACCUCAGCACUAAUUUUAUGGUAAAAAAUUUUAUUUUUUCAUUCCUCGUCAUCAAAAUGGGACAUUCAUAAUUGCAAUUGCCUGAAAUUUUAUGUAUUUUAUACCCAUAAACUUCACGCAUUAUUUUCUCUGCUGCUAUAAGAAACAUUUAUACAUAAAAACUAUUUAAUUGUAACAAAUACAGCAAGAAGAAUAAAUUAUGAAUAAAUUGUUAAGAAAAGCCAAGUG